AUGGUCUUCCUAUGGGUAGCAGAAAGAAAAUCUAAAUUCAAUGAUGCGCAGUGCCACAGCGGCAAUUGCUGUGCAGUGAUUGCCGUCCACAAAUGCUUCCGAUUUCGGAUCGCCACUUUCGACCUUAUCGAUAAGCAUACCAGCCACAAGCACGGUUCACGUUACGCCACAGCGCCCAAAAUUUUUGUUGUCACCGAUUUCACAGCUCAAGCUUCAUGUACUAGUUAUUCGAAACCGCACACGAUGAAGUCGCCCGCGAUGAAACGAAGGAAGCUGAGUCAUGAUGAUGACAGCGACAGUGAAGGAAGCUUUGCUGCGGACCACACCGACGACGCGAGUAUCCAUGCAACAGAAGAGGGUUUUGACGAAGACGCUUCUAUGGACGAUCUAGCGGAGCCAGACCAGGACGAGAGUACGAGCGAUAGCGAUGACGAAGAUUCGGAAGCGGAAGAAUCAGCAAAAUCCCCAGAAGAUGCGACAAAGCCUUCGUUCAAAGCUGGAUCGGACAAUGCGAGAAAGAUGCCGAAGAAACCAGAAACAACAUCACAAGAAGCAGGAGGAGGAUUCGCGGCCGAAACGUUCAAAUCCAAUAUUUUUAAACUGCAGGUAAACGAGCUCCUGGACGAGGUGAAGUUGAAGCACGGCAAAAAGGAAGCAUCAGCGGAGAAUGCGAUGCGAAUCCUCAAAACGUUAAUUGAACAUCUACCAAAUCGUGCGCCGCUUUCCGUGAAGGAAGCCGAACAGACGCUCAAGUCAGAAGGAAUCGCGAUUCCUUUUCCCAGUCCUUCGCCGCCGAAUGAUGCCCGAUAUACAAUGCAGUACGAGCGCCCGUUCACCGUGAACGCUACUGGUAGUUGCCCACUGAAGACCGCAACGCGCGAAGAUGGCGGCCUGGCGAUUGAUUUGCUGGUCACUAUGCCCAGGGCUAUUUUCCAAGACAAGGACUAUUUGAACCAUCGAUAUUUCUACAAGCGCGCAUACUACCUUGCUUGCCUCGCAGCUGGUAUCAAGAAGUCGAAAGAAUCAGGCUUCAAACUCUCAUUUGACAGCUUGGGCGGAAAUCAGCUCCAGCCAAUACUCGUUGUUAGACCGAGUGGAAACAGUGCCGCCACAGAUUUUGCAAAUUCCAGCUGGCGUAUCAAUGUCGUCUUGAAUGUCUCCGAAGAUGUUUUCCCCCGAAACAAAUUACUCCCAAAAUCCAACUGCGUAAGACCCAAAGCGGAUGACGAAGAUCCGACAAACCAAAAGCUUGCUCCUACUCCAUUUUAUAACAGUACAUUGCUGUCCGAUACCAGUGUUACAUCCUAUCUCAAGCUCCUUCACGCCACAGCAGGAAAAUGCGAUGCUUUCCGGGAUUCUUGCGUGCUGGGUCGUAUCUGGCUGAAACAGCGCGGGUUUGGAAAUCGAUUGCGAAAUGGAGGGUUUGGGAACUUCGAGUGGGCUGCUAUCACUGCCUUGCUGUUACAGCCAAAUUCUGGGUCUGGCAAACCGGUUUUGUCAACUGGCUAUAGCAGCUAUCAGUUGUUUAAAGCUACGCUCCAAUUCCUAGCACGUCACAACUUGUGUACAAAACCAUUCAUCGUCCAAGCCGAAGAUCCUGCAUUUCCUAAGAGCGAAUCAGCGCCGAUCUUUUUUGAUGGGGUACGUGGAUUGAAUAUCCUAUACAAGAUGACACCUUGGUCCUGGUCCAGAUUGCAGCUCGAAGCCCAGCUUACGAUGGACAUGCUCAGCGACUCGUUAUUCGAUCAGUUUGACUCUACCUUUAUACUCAAAACAGAUCUCUCAAGGUACCGAUACGACGCUGUCUUGGAGCUUCCUUUCUCAACAUUUGGGUUUGAUCCCACGAAUGAAGAAUAUGACCAGAGCAUGGCUAAAACCUGUCACGCGAUAUACAGCUCUCUCAUUCGGGCGCUCACUGACAGAGUCAACGCUGUAACGUUUACGAUGCCCGAUACAUCUGAGUGGUCUAUCGAUUCGCUGGUAGCUGCAGAGAAUCAACAGAAGCGCAUGCUGAUCAACAUCUCGACCGACCCAGCCAAUGCGUAUCGUACUGUGGACUACGGGCCAGCGGCAGAGAACAAACUGGAGGCUGCAUCAUUCAGAAAGUUUUGGGGCGACAAGGCUGAGCUAAGACGGUUCAAGGAUGGUAGCAUUCUUGAAAGCGUUGUAUGGUCUACCAAAGAAGCAUCUACUUCUAUCCUCGAACAGAUCAUACUAUACAUACUUUCAAAGCAUGUCAACCCUCGAGUGAGUCGCGAAGCAAAGUUUACGAUCGACAAUUUUGCACAUCUUAUCCCUGCAGGUCGCAUCCAGGGGCAAUCGGGUGUCUUGCCUUUUACACCUAUCAUGAAUGCUUUCACUGUUCUCGAGAAGGACAUUCGUGAUCUUAUAGGUCUCCCACUUCAGGUUCGACACAUAAGAGCAGCCGAUCCACUGUUACGCUACUCAUCCGUGCAGCCCGCGCCUUCGGUUCCUGCAUCUAUAGUGCUUCAGUUUGAAGCUUCAGCGCGAUGGCCGGAUGAUUUAUGUGCCAUUCAACGGACCAAAGUUGCUUUCCUCCUCAAGAUUGCCCAGUUACUUUCUACUGCGCAUCAGGACCAUUACGCAGUGAAGGUUGGAUUGGAGCAUCCUUCACAGCCUUCUCAAAAUCAAGCUUUCCUGGAUAUCGUAUUCCGAUCAGAGUUUACCUUUCGACUUCGCAUACAUCAUGAUAGGGAAGCCACUUUGCUUGAAAGGCAGUUGAAAGACAAGUCGCUAGACGCACACUCAAGAGAAUCUGCGGCUGUGGCACUUGCAUUACACAAGAGAGAUUUUGUCCAAAUCAUUUCCCAUACGCAAGCUAUACAGAAUCUAUGCACUCGCUACCCAGCUCUCUCACCAUCUAUUCGACUUACCAAGCGUUGGUUUGCGUCUCACCUUCUUUCACCACACUUCACCUCGGAGUUCAUUGAGUUGUUAGUUGUUAGGACGUUCCUGCAACCUCACCCGUGGCCUGUACCCUCAUCCGCGACAACUGGAUUUUUACGAACACUGUCUUGGAUUGGUCGUUGGGAUUGGAGAUACGUCCCACUCAUAGUGGACUUCUCGUCCUCUAUUCCUAGCAACGCCACUGAGCAAACAGGGAUUGCAGGCAGUGGAAAGAUGAAGCCCGAUGAUUUUGAGAAAAUCCAGACACGCUUCGAGGCCUGGCGAAGAAUCGAUCCCGCAAUGAAUCGAGUAGUGCUGUUCGCGGCUACAAAUAUGAACACGGACGGAAACACGUGGACAGACCGAGCACAACCAGAGAAGGUGGUAGCCACCCGCAUGACUGCUUUGGCCAAAGCUGCUACCGCCGCCAUUCGAGUCGAGGAAGACAGCAUACUUGAAUCAUUGAACGGUAAGCGUGCAGCUACCGAAUCUGUCGCUCCACAAUCACUCUUCGUCUCGCCAACACAAGAUUUCGACUUUGUCAUCCACAUCUCGUCCAAGUACACUCGCGUCUCGAAAAAGAAGCCCGAAGUCGUGUUCAAAAACAUUGAACACCAGCAAGGGAAAAACAGCAACACUUCUGUGAAGAUGGAACAAGAGCUUCCCCCAUUCUUCAUCGAGGAUCUUCAGAAUAUUUACGGCGACGCUAUAUUGUUCUUCUACGAUCCGGAGACACUUGAUCGUGUUGCUGGGCUCUGGAAUCCGCUCUUCACUGGCGAGCGCACUUUCAAGGUCAAGGCUGGGUGGAAUAGCACGCCUAUCAAAGGCAAACAUGGCAAGACUAAUGGCAAAGAGUCGAGUGGCGGAAAAGAGGAUCGCCCGGUGAACAUUCAAAUCAACAAAGCUGCAAUGCUGAAUGAGAUUAAAAGGUUGGGUGGGGAUAUGGUCAGUCGAAUCGAUGUAAAUAGAUAA